AGUAUUCAUUUACAUUUCCUCAUUAAAAUGCUAAACGGGCCAGAGGUGAUAUUUACCGAAACUACGUUGCUCGUUCAUUGUGAUAAAAUUGAUUUCUUGCGGACACAAGCACGAUAAGCAGCCAUGUUUAACAGAUUUCUAGCGGCGCCAUGCAAUCGCAGGAUAAUUUUGCGGCAGUUCAGCAUUGUGGAGCUUUCUAGCGAGCAUCGAGAUCUUCAGCAUAAAUGCCGUCAGUUUAGUGAUCGCGAACUAAAACCGGCGGCUAGUGAUAUCGAUCGCAGCGGAAUGUUUCCCGCCCAGCACAUUGCAAAAUUGGCCGAAAUGGGUUUAAUGCGUGUCACAGUAAGCCCCUCUUACGGCGGUUCUGGGCUGGACAUGCUUUCACUUUCGCUAGUCGUUGAAGAACUUUCGCGCGGAUGCGGAAGCACGGGUUCAAUUGUGUCAAUCCAUAACUGUCUGUACGCCAAUAUGUUGGAUCGUCUUGGAUCCGACGAUCAACGAGAGCGGUUUUUCAACAAAUAUUCCGCCCAAAGUAUAGGCGCUUUUGCCCUUAGCGAGACCGAGGCGGGUUCGGAUGUUGCGGCGAUGACAACUCGCGCCACGCAGACAUCCGAUGGUAGUUGGCUACUUAAUGGCACCAAAGCCUGGGUCACGUCGGGUGUGGAAGCGGUAGGCGGAAUAGUUUUCGCCACCGUCGAUCCGUCGCAAAAGUACAAAGGAAUUACCGCUUUUUUGGUGGACUUUGACGAGGGUAAGUUGGAAGGACUGACUCGCGGACGGCCUGAAGAUAAACUGGGAAUACGUGGUUCUUCCACCUGUGACCUUCACAUGGAAAACGUGAGAGUUUCGGAGGGCGAUGUGCUUGGUGCGGUCGGUAACGGAAUGCGUAUUGCUAUGGAGCAAUUGGACCGAGCUCGCAUCGGUAUAGCCUCACAGGCAGUCGGAAUUGGCCAAGCGGCAUUAGAAGCGGCCGUAGCAUACGCAAAGCAGCGGAAAGCUUUUGGUGGAACGCUAGUCGAUUUACCGGCUGUGCAAACGAGAAUCGCCGAAAUGGCCACACGGGUUGAAGUCGCUCGCUUGUUGGUUCGAAAGGCGGCCACUGAGGUAGACCGAGGCCAACGCGCAACAAAGUCUUGCUCCAUGGCCAAGUGGGUAGCUGGAGAGACGGCUACGUUUGCUGCGCACAGCUGCCAGCAGAUUAUGGGAGGAAUGGGAUACGUUAAGGACCUACCAGCGGAACGAUUGUAUCGGGAUGCGCGUAUUACAGAGAUAUAUGGCGGUGUAACCGACGUACAGAAAACGAUUGUUGCGGAUGCAAUUAUUAAGGAACUUUCGUGAUUGUUCAGAAACGAGGUGACGAAAUAACUUUGCGAUUGGGUAUAUAGAAAACAUAAUUUGAUUAUGUUCACAAAAUAAGUGUUAUUAAGGCUGGUGGUGAAAACCUCAAAGGUAACAAUCAUAUUUUUCUAGACUCUUUUACAAUAAAAAAUGUACACCAGAAAUACAUAUUUACUAAGUUUGACAAACCA